CAUGCUGCAUUUACUGUAGUUUUCAAACUUCAGAGUGAUAUUGUCAAGCUGAGCAGUUUAGCAUUCAGUGUUGCCAUUUCACAUCAUACUGGAUGAUAACUGUCUCCAAGGUCUCAGAGGCCCUCCUUGCCUUUCUCUCACAGGGCUGGAAUUAGGGUCAGGCUGGGUAGGGGCAGGACUCAGCCAGCCCCGCCCCUUAAUCCUGCCAGUGCUGAGCCAAGGGUUUCAUCUGAGCCUUGCUGAUCCAGCGAGAUGGAGGAGGAGGAAGGUGGUGUGGAUGAAGGGGAUGUAUUCUUGGCAUUUGCCCAGGUUCCCACUCCUCCUAGGGGUCCUUUGCGCCGCGCCUUGGACAAAAUCUUCUUUAUCUUCCUGGUCCUCUUCCUGUCAUUGCUGAUGCUAGAGGCUACUUACAAGUUGCUGUGGCUGCUACCAUGGGCAAAGUUUGGGGACUGGCUCCUGAGGACACCUCAGGAGGAAGAGGAGCUGGAAUUGUGACAACCUCCCUACAAACAUCCUCUCUCCUUGCCACAGAGGUGAGACAGUAGACUGGAGGAAAAUAGGACUGUUUGGGGCUCUGGAAGGGACACUUGGAUAGCUUUAUGGAAGUAGUUUAAACUUUCUGUACCUCUACUCUGGGUAAUAAUUUUUGAAAAAGUACUUCACAAUAAUUGUACAUACUCAUGGGUAUGAAGGGAUGUGAUAUUUUGACCCAUGCAUAUAAUGCGCACUGACUAAAUUUGGGCAACUAGCAUACCCAUCAUCUCAGACAGUUAUCAUUUUCUUUGUGCUGAGAACAUUCAGAACCCUUUUUUGUAGGUAUUUUAAAGUAU